AUGGCCUGUCUUCACUCGCCGGGCAGGCCACAGCACUGUUUUUACCCGCUUCUGCCUCUCGCUAGCGUCAUUCACGACGUUGGUAUUAAACUUCGGCGGCGACGUUUGCGAGGUCCAGCCAUUACUCAUAACCAGCUGAGAAUUCAGCUGGUCCAUCCAUGCAACGAACACUUUAACUCAUCUGGGGCGGAAUGUAUUAACAUCACAUCAAAACUGGCUCUCCUGGUCGGGGAGUUACCUGAUCAGGAGCCACUUCUUGUACCCGCGAUGCGUGAGGCUGCAGCAUUCACUGGGUAA